GAGGCAAAAUGGCGUCUUCGAAGAUGCGGUGUGAUGUAGAGCAUUUGUAAUUUUACAGUCUUCAUUCCCUCUGGAGUUCAUGAGGAAGGAUUGAAAGUGCCCUUGAAGCGUGUAUGAGGCCGGUGACUGGCAUUGGCGGGUGUGAAUCAGAGUGGGCAUUAAGCAGCCCCGAAAGGAAAGAAUCGGAUUUCCAGAAAUAAUGGCUCUAACUGUGUUUGAAAAUGAUGAAUAUAAGCCUCCAGUUUGGAAAUCUUACCUGUAUCAGUUACAGCAGGAAGCUCCUAAUCCAAGGAGGAUUACGUGCACAUGUGAGGUGGAGAGCAGACCCAAGUACUAUGGAAGAGAGUUUCAUGGAAUGAUUUCACGAGAAGCAGCAGAUCAACUGCUAAAUGUAGCAGAAGGCAGUUAUAUUAUUCGGGAAAGUCAACGCCAGUCUGGUACCUACACCCUGGCACUGCGGUUUGGAACUCAGACCAGAAACUUUCGUCUUUACUAUGAUGGGAAACACUUUGUGGGAGAAAAACGGUUUGAGUCGAUCCAUGACCUGGUAACAGACGGAUUGAUUACAUUAUACAUUGAGACUAAGGCUGCAGAAUACAUUGCCAAGAUGACGAUUAAUCCAAUCUAUGAGCACAUAGGCUAUACAACUCUAAACCGAGAGUCUACCAGCACAAAAUGUCUUCCAGCCCUUAGAGACAUACAAGCAGAGCCCCAAUCUGUUGGAGAAGGUGCCACACCAGAGGAGAGGUUAACUUCACUUGUUCGAAGAGCCACUCUGAAGGAAAAUGAACGGAUUCCAAAAUAUGAAAAAGUGCAUAAUUUUAAGGUUCACACAUUCCGAGGACCUCACUGGUGUGAGUACUGUGCCAAUUUUAUGUGGGGUCUGAUUGCUCAGGGCGUGAAAUGUGCAGAUUGUGGUUUGAAUGUUCACAAGCAAUGCUCCAAGAUGGUUCCACAUGAUUGCAAGCCGGACCUGAAGCAUGUGAAAAAAGUCUACAGCUGUGAUCUGACAACACUAGUUAAAGCGCAUAACACAAAAAGACCAAUGGUGGUGGAUAUGUGCAUUCGAGAAAUUGAAAAUAGAGGUCUGAUGUCUGAAGGUUUAUACAGAGUAUCAGGGUUUAGUGAUCUAAUUGAAGAUGUCAAAUUGGCAUUUGACAGAGAUGGUGAGAAGGCAGACAUUUCAGUAAAUAUUUAUGAAGAUAUAAAUAUUAUCACUGGUGCACUUAAAUUGUACUUCAGAGAUUUGCCCAUUCCACUUAUCACAUAUGAUGCCUACCCAAAAUUUAUUGAAGCUGCACAGAUUCCAGAACCUGAUGAGAGAUUAGAGUCAGUUCAUGAAGCAUUAAAAAUGUUGCCACCUGCACACUGUGAAACCUUGAGGUACCUUAUGGCUCAUUUAAAAAGGGUAACUCUACAUGAGAAGGACAACCUGAUGAAUGCAGAGAAUCUUGGAAUUGUUUUUGGACCAACUCUAAUGCGAGCCCCAGAACAGGACCCCAUGGCAGCCUUAAAUGACAUACGUUAUCAAAGACUAUUGGUAGAGAUGCUUAUCCAAAAUGAAGAUAUUUUAUUUUGAAACUGUUGGGAUGGGAAUUUUAAACAAUGGUAUGAAGAAUGCGUUAGAUUAUUUUAUCCAGGUAGUUACUUCAGUAAGCAGGUUGAAAUGACAG